AUGGCAUCUCCUCACUCAUUGCUAACGACCAAUGAUGGUUCUUGCGGGGCAGAGCAACUUCGCACGGUGACGACUGAUCUCCUCGGGAUCAACCACCCAGUCAUCUUGGCUGGUAUGAACGUUGCGGCCGGUCCUAAGCUCGCCGCCGCCGUUACAAAUGCUGGAGGUCUCGGGGUUAUCGGAGGAGUCGGUUACACUCCCGAUAUGCUGCGGGAGCAGAUCGGGGAGUUGAAGAGCUACUUGAACGACAAAAAUGCGCCAUUUGGUGUGGAUCUCUUGCUUCCUCAGGUUGGAGGCAGUGCGCGAAAGACAAACUAUGAUUACACCAAGGGCAAACUGGACGAGCUUAUCGAUAUCAUCAUCGAGAGUGGCGCCCGCCUCUUCGUCUGCGCCAUCGGGGUCCCGCCAAAGGCUGUUGUCGAGAAGCUCCACGCCAACGGCGUCCUAUACAUGAACAUGAUUGGCCACCCCAAGCACGUCCAGAAGGCCAUCGAUAUUGGUGCGGAUCUCAUUUGUGCCCAGGGUGGAGAGGGUGGUGGCCACACCGGAGAUGUCCCCACCUCCGUCCUCAUCCCCACAGUUUCCAAGAUCUGCGCCCAAAACAUCAGCCCCUUCACCAAGAAGCCCGUGCAAUGCAUUGCUGCUGGUGGUAUCUUCAGCGGCCAGUCUGUUGCCGCAGCUCUGAUGUUGGGCGCUUCAGCCGUCUGGGUUGGUACACGUUUCAUCCUUGCCGAUGAGGCUGGUGCCCCCGAAGCUCACCAGGAGGCUGUCCGUACCGCUGGCUUUGAUGACAAUAUCCGCACCAUCAUCUUCACGGGCCGACCACUCCGCGUCCGCAACAACGCUUAUAUCCAGAACUGGGAAGAGAACCGUGCCCAGGAAAUCAAGGAGCUUACUGGCAAGGGUAUCAUUCCCGUCGAGCACGACUUUGAGAACCUCCCAGAAGAUGCCGACGACAGCGUGCUUGAAAACGCCCGGCCUUUCCUGAUGGGCAAGGUUGCUGCUGUUGUCAAUGAAAAGAAGCCCGCUAAAGCUAUUGUUGACGAGCUUGUUGGGGAUGCUGUGAAGUGGCUUCAACAGGGAAGUAAGAUGAUUGCUAAGCUGUAG